AUGAGCCAUCUCGACAACGUCCACGACAACCCCGCAAACGAACAGGGCUUCUUCAAGCCCGGUGUCAAGCCAACCGGUCCAAACCAGCAGCCUCACGGACCAUUAUCACACGACAAGGUGGGUUAUUACAUUCUUCCCCAUUUCACCGCCAAUGUGCAUGGCGUCGGCGUGAAAGCCUCCCCCGCGGAUUACGCCCCCGAAUUCCACGCUGAGACUCACCCACCGGGAACCGCACCAGCAAGCAGCUCCUACCAACCCUACCCGAUUGAUCACACUGGCGAACAGGCCAUGAAUCCUAAUGUCUUGAGGGGCCAUGGGAAGGAGGGUGUCAGGACUACUGCGGAGUCGACCCUUACGGGUGCCACUUCGAAGGAUGUUAACAACAAAGAAGCAGGGUAG